AGAAGAGAUAAGAAUCUGGGCUGGACGUGCCAACCAACACUGGGGUCUCCUGAAAGUGGGCGCAGCAUGUGCAGCUCCUCAUGUCCGGCCCUCAGGUUUUGUAACAACCAAGAAGCACAUGAAACAGGCCUCUUCAUCAAGCAUUCUUGACUAAGUUUUGAAAAUGGAAUUGAAGCUUACUUUCCCCCUUCAUAUGGUAAGUCCAGCUGUGAGCAGGGUGUUCUGUUCUUCACUUCCAGCAAGCCAGAGGUUUAUAAAUGGACACUGACAUGGACUACGAAAGACCCAACGUUGAAACCAUCAAGUGUGUGGUCGUGGGUGACAAUGCCGUGGGGAAGACACGCUUGAUCUGUGCCAGAGCGUGUAACACCACACUCACACAGUAUCAGCUGCUGGCCACCCACGUACCAACAGUGUGGGCGAUUGACCAGUACCGCGUCUGCCAGGAGGUCUUGGAGCGUUCCCGGGAUGUUGUUGAUGAAGUGAGCGUUUCCCUCAGGCUUUGGGAUACUUUUGGUGAUCAUCACAAAGAUAGGCGCUUUGCAUAUGGCAGGAUGUUUUGACAGUUUUCCCCACAUAACAUCUGUACUUAAGAAGCCUCACGCUAUUGGUCUGAUGUUGUGGUCCUCUGUUUUUCCAUCGCUAAUCCCAAUUCCCUAAAUCAUGUGAAAACGAUGUGGUAUCAAGAAAUCAAGCACUUUUGCCCUCGAACACCCGUUGUCCUCGUUGGGUGCCAGCUCGAUCUCCGCUACGCUGAUCUGGAAGCUGUUAAUCGAGCCAGGCGCCCGUUAGCAAGGCCCAUAAAGAGAGGGGAUAUUUUGCCCCCAGAAAAAGGCCGAGAGGUAGCAAAGGAGCUUGGUAUACCGUACUAUGAAACUAGCGUAUUUGACCAGUUUGGAAUCAAGGAUGUGUUUGACAAUGCAAUCCGGGCAGCACUAAUUUCCCGCCGGCAUCUGCAGUUCUGGAAAUCCCACUUAAAGAAAGUCCAGAAACCUUUACUUCAGGCACCCUUCCUACCUCCAAAAGCCCCUCCUCCUGUCAUCAAAAUUCCAGAGUGUCCUUCCACAGGGACAAAUGAAGCUGCCUGUUUACUGGACAAUCCUCUGUGUGCCGAUGUCCUGUUCAUCCUUCAGGACCAGGAACACAUCUUUGCACAUCGAAUUUACCUCGCUACCUCUUCUUCCAAAUUUUAUGAUCUGUUUUUAAUGGAAUGUGAAGAAUCCCCAAAUUGGGGUGAAGGAGUUUGUGAGAAAGAGAAGCAGAGCAGGGAUUUCCAGGGGUGGACACCAAGUGGUGACCCAGAUGAGGAAAGGGAGGAAGGCCCCCCCAGGGCGCCUCAGGCCGAGCUGUGCAAAUCUCCAAGCAAGAGCCUUUUGGAGACAUCAGGACUGGAAGCCGAGGCUGUGGCUCCUGAGAUGCAGACGUUGUCAGGCUGGAGUAAAGGGUUCGUUGGCAUGCACAAGGAAAUGCAAGUCAAUCCCAUCUCAAAGCGGGUGGGCCCAGUGACUGUGGUCAGGAUGGACUUGUCUGUUCAGCCAGGCCCUUUUCGAACCCUGCUCCAGUUUCUUUAUACAGGACAACUGGAUGAAAAGGAAAAGGAUUUGGUGGGCCUGGCUCAGAUCGCAGAGAUCUUAGAGAUGUUUGAUCUGAGGAUGAUGGUAGAAAACAUCAUGAACAAGGAAGCCUUCAUGAACCAGGAGAUUACAAAAGCCUUUCACGUCAGGAAAGCCAAUCGGAUAAAAGAAUGUCUCAGCAAGGGGACGUUCUCAGAUGUGACAUUUAAAUUGGAUGAUGGAGCCAUCAGUGCCCACAAGCCGCUGCUGAUCUGUAGCUGUGAGUGGAUGGCUGCCAUGUUUGGAGGGUCAUUCGUGGAAAGCACCAACAGUGAGGUGUUUCUCCCGAACAUAAACAAGACAUCAAUGCAAGCAGUAUUGGAUUAUCUCUACACCAAGCAGUUGUCUCCUAACUUGGAUCUGGACCCGCUAGAACUAAUUGCCUUGGCAAACAGAUUUUGCCUGCCACACUUGGUUGCACUUGCAGAGCAACACACCGUACAAGAGUUGACCAAGGCCGCGAUGAGUGGCAUGGGCAUCGACGGGGAAGUGCUCUCUUAUUUGGAAUUGGCCCAGUUUCACAAUGCCCACCAGUUGGCCGCGUGGUGUUUACACCACAUCUGCACCAACUACAACAGUGUUUGCUCCAAGUUCCGCAAGGAAAUCAAGUCAAAAUCUGCAGACAACCAGGAAUACUUUGAGCGGCACCGCUGGCCCCCCGUGUGGUACCUGAAGGAAGAAGACCACUACCAGCGUGUGAAAAGGGAGCGAGAGAAGGAAGAUAUUGCACUAAAUAAACAUCACUCGAGACGAAAGUGGUGCUUCUGGAAUUCAUCUCCAGCGGUCGCCUGAAGAGGAAGAGGAAAAAAGCAACCAGUCAUCUGAUAUGCCACUUUUAAAAGCACUACUGUAAAAUUAGUCUUCUUAUUAGAGAUACGAUAUAGUUCAGGUUUCAGGCACUGACCUUCCUCCACUUUUGUGCAUUUAUCUUUGUUAGGAUCAAAGCACAAGCUCACCAUCCAUGAGCCUGGACAAAAAGGGAAGCCGACUCCCACUGCAUUCCUUAAACUGAUAUGUCUAUUUUUUUGUUAGGAGGCUUCAUAAACUUUAGUCUGUUAUUUUGUUUCUUUUUAUACAAAGAAAAAAAAUUCAGCUUUCAUGUUUCUGAUUCCAAAUUGGAAAAUAUUUUUAUAUGGUCUCUUGUAUUUUGUUGAAAUGAAAAUACUAUGUAUUACUUUAUUUUACAGGCCACAGUUGACUCUGAAGUCACCCUGGGAUUCUCUUUGCCCACAUGACCACCGAGCAUUAAUACGUAACUAGAGGGUUAUCCGUUUAUUGUGAAAGAAAGGACAGGAUGGGACUGAAGUCCCCCAAAGUGCAAGUUGGAGAGUGUUUAAUCUUUGUUCUGCUAAAAUCACAUCAGUAUAAUUACCAAGUCAACUCCAAGAAUGCGUAUUCACAAUAUUUGCCAUGUACAAGUGCUAGUAAUUAUAUGGUUAUAUGUGUGCCAUGUAAAAUAUAGUGAUUCAAAUAUUGUUGUUUAAAAUGACUAGAUUCAAGAGGAUAAUCUUUGUAAUCAUUAGAAGGGCUUAUUAAAUCCCAGCAUUAUCCAGGGCAAACUCACUGGUGGACCUGAAUAAGUAAGAUCCCAUUAGAGCACAGGUGUUCAGAUUGCUAUGUUAGGGUUAUGUCUUUCAGUAUUCCUUGAUCUGACCAUGCGUCUGCAUGCAGAUUCUCCACUGACUUGAAUUGAGAUGGGCAAGGGAAAGAUCUCUGGACUCGGUCCCACCAUCUGCAGGUUUGUCCCAUCUCACCACCAGAACCAGGCUUCCUCAGGUCUCUCACCUGUGGCCAACUUCACUUUCUAAGACCCAUCUUUUUAACCCUUUCCAGGGAAAAUCCAUGCUGCUGCAGAGGUAGGCUAAGGCAGACCACCCACUCCUGCUGAAAUGCAUUGGGGGCCUGUGAAAGCACCAAGCUGGAGGCCAGGGGGCCUGCGUUCUCCAACACAGAAAGGAAUCUAAUUCCAAGCGUCUAGGAAAUGGUGCUAUUGUGAGUUAGUUCUGAUCCUUUGUCCUUCUGAGUUUUCAGUGUUACAUUAGAAAGUGUGAGAGCAGGGGAGUGUUCCUGAGGCAGUCAAUCUUUGCUUCUCUGGAAGUUAAAAUGUUACAACACACACACACACACACACACACAGAGAGAGAGAGAGAGAGCAUUUUAAGGCCACAGCUCCAUACCUGCUGGGGAUGUUCUGAGGUGAGGCCUGGGGCUCAUUCUGUUGGGAGGUCAAUUCACUGAUGCUAAGGGCUGUUGAUUUUGUUUUAACUUUUUUUUCCCUAGCUUUUAGAAGACAGAAAAGAGGCAGUUGAGUCCAAACCCCAGUGCUGACUGCCAUAUGCAUCUGAAAAUUUGUCUAGAUUGCAGAGGGGUAUUUAUCACUGGCAGUGGAAAUACACUAGAUACAAAAGCUUGGAGAGGCCCAGAAAUCCAUCACCAUCUCAUGACAAAAGAGGAGGUGGUAGAGUAGGAACAGUUAUACACGCAUCCACCUUAAUUUUUUCAGUAGGGUUGUAAGUCAUUAAUGGAGAAGAAAGGAGACAGAAUGAGAGGAUAAAUGUCAAGGCUCAGGAAGACUUGGCGUGUAUCCCGUCGUAACAUGGUAGAUAGAGGUUGAGUUUUGAAUGAGUAGUCAUAGUUGAAUUUUUACAACCAAAGCUCCCAUUUGAUUGUGAUCUUGCCAAAAUGUGAUGGACACAUAAAUGAACUUGGGAUAUAAGCAAUAAAUAUUCACUAGUGUUGUUAUCAGCUACUAUAACCAAGUGGCUGGUUCAUUUGGUUGAUGCUGAUUAUGGCCUUUAACCAUGGUGAUUUGUUGUGUGUUUUUUAUUUCACAAAAAGCCAAUAAAAUUGUUUAGCUAUAAAA